UAGUAAUAAACCUAGUUCGUUCUACGCAGUUUGGGGAGCAGUAACGUCGUCAGUGAUAUUUUGCAACAAUCUUAUUUGCGAUCGAAUAUAUAACUAUAAAGUUGAACUAGCUGAAUAGAUCAUACAAAUCACUACUAUAUUGCCGAAUUCCUGAGUCAGUUUCAUUCAGGUACCAUAAUAAGCAAUUCACCAGGAUGUUCAUGUUCAACAAUCAGCCGUCCUGUCCCUGGGGUGGGAACUUCAACGGCAACCGACCCAUGAUGAUGAAUGGGCCCCCGCCCUUCCCUGUUGGGGGUCCCAGGCCACCCUUGCCCUACCAUAUGUUGCCACAAAACUCUCGCAACUGGCAGCGAUGUGGUUGGUACUACUACUAGGCGACCCUUGUUCGAUCAACGUUCUUGGAGGCAUGGCCCUGGACCUUCAAGGAUGAGAGGGAGGGGCUUCAGAAGGGGGCGUGGCUUUUUCCAUCACCAGGGCAACGCACAAAUUGUGAAUCAGAACAGUAUCCAAGACAAUGUGCUUACACCCAGGGAUCAGUGUUGUCAGUGUGGUGAGCGGCUACAGAAUAGUGGGGAACCAGGCAUUCACCUGUGUGACGGGGGAAGUGAGAUACACAUAGAGAUGCCUGCAACAUCAUCUAUCAGGGAACCAGAACUAAAGGAAGAGGAGGAUGACCUGGAGUCCAGGCUGGAGAAGCUCCUUGAGAACAUGAAGGACUUUGUUCGUACGAAGUACGACACUGUGACUGAGGCACUGGAGGGUUACGUGUCAGACAAGAUCGGAGAAAUCACCACCCUACACAGGGAGAACAGUGAGACCAAGCUGGCGUUGGAGAAACUGAAGACAGAGCUGGAAGAGAAGGCGGCCAUGCUUCUGAAACAGGAGAAGGAGGUGAAGGAGAGACAGAGGAAACUCGCAAAGGAUCAGGACUCUUUCAAGCGGGACAUGAAGAAAGAACGUGAAGAAAUUUGUCGGCAAUGGCAACAGCUUCGAGAUGAAAUCACUCGCAUGGAAGAAACCCAUAAAAUCCAGAAGGGUCGCGUCAAGCUGGACGUAGGUGGUCACGUGUUCACGACGUCACUUCUGACGUUGACGCGGGAAGCAGACUCAAUGCUAGCGGCCAUGUUCAGCGGCAGGCACGAGCUACUGAAGGAGGAGGACGGCUGCGUGUUUAUUGACCGAGAUGGCACUCACUUCCGGUAUGUGCUGAACUAUCUCCGGGAUGGGGGACUCAAUAUGGACUGUCUGCCCAGAGAUCGUCAGCUUCUGAAAGAACUCAAGAAAGAGGCUACAUACUACCAACUUCAUGGCUUGCUUCAGCAGAUCGAAAAAUACUUGUACUGAGAAGACUUUAAAUGAGCCAAGUUCUGGGUAAAUUAGGCUUCAUCCAUGUGCGUCAAGUGUCGUUCCAGGCAUACAGGCUAAUCAGAGACGACAAUUCUGCUUUUAUAAAAUUUUUCGUUAAAAGAAAGUCCCUUCUAAACGAAAUUCCAGUUAAGGCGGAAAGUGGGGCGACUAUUCACGCGUAUGCAUUAAACCCCGUUUUCUCAGAGCGCGGCUCAGUUAAGAUUUCUUUUUGAGAUUAUUAAGACCAGAAGUUGCAACUCUUUGCAAACAUGAAAUUAAGUGUGUAAGUGUUGUGAAAGGAUAUGCACAGCCGGACUACGACUCUUGAUGAAUGUUCAGUAUAUAUAGGUGCUGAACAAGGAAUACUAUUGGUCUUAUUAAAAAACAGUAAGUGAUUGUUUUCAAGUAUUUGAUACAUGUUUUGAAAGAGCUUGACUUAAUGUAUCCCUGUAUGCAUUUUGACUAGUGAGACUGGAUUUGUGAAGACAUUUUGUUCUCUUUUGAAAUGUGUAAAAGGACUGGAAUGCUUUCUGUUUCUUACUAACAGUAGCUUAUGCUGAUGACAAUGCUAGGAAACAUAUUCCAUGAGAUUGUGCUGUGUAAUGUGGAGACUUUACUUUGGAGAAAAGUAACAGAAAGACAUGUUGUAACAUGAAUGGGAUCAAGACAUGACAUAUUUGAUGCAAUUGUUCGGGGUUAAGCAGCACAAUUUUGGGAUAACACAGUAAUCACACACUUACAUGGACAGUAGUUAUCUUGAGUCCAAGUUCAAUAUAGCUGCUUGACGAUUUUAGAAGUACGAUAUCAGUUUCUGUUCUCUGGCAGCACACUAUUCCGAUCUCCUAUAAAUGUUGAUCAAAUGAUUGUGAAUUGUAUAAAAUGCUGAAUUAUGAUUGUGUAUUAGAAUCGCAUAUUGUAAUGGACGGAAACUAUAAAGAAAUCGAGACACUAACCAGUAAAAUGACAGUGAUUUAUUUCUUAGCGAAAUGGGUUAAAUUCAAGGGGAAUUUAAAAUACCGGUAUUUUUAUAAUUUUGCACAUGUAAAUGUAUUCAUAUUAUUAUAUAUAUUAUUUAUGAGGUGUGUGAAUGCCUUAAAUGUGAUUAGUUCACAAAUGUUUGAGAAAUAGUAUAAAGAUAUCACAUUAAAAGCAUUUGCCUAGUUGAAUGUAUUUCAUGUAAAUAAUCGCCAUUUAAUUAAGUUUUUUCAUUGCAUUUAGCUUGCGAUUGAGUGAUAUAUAUCUUUUUGAAAUAGUGGUACAGUGUGAAAGAAUGUGCUGUGUUAGAAAUUCAGGUUAGCAAAUAUGUGAUAGAUUUGAUUUGCAAAUCCGUUUUUCGUAAUAUAUUUCAGGAAACUAUUUGUAUUUGUGACUUUAUAUGGACUUUGUUCUUUUAAACUGUUAACAUUUUAUCAGUUCUCUAAUAGAAAUAUAACAUUCAUAAAAAUAUGUUUUAC